UCGCGAGCCUAUGCUUAUCUCCGGCCUUUGUGUUUGAAAAUGUCUUAGUGUGGUCCCCAGCCUCUGGAAGCCUAGGGACCCUGAUGAAAUCGUGAGCUUCGGGUGCUGGAGAUGCAAGAGGACCGUGGAGAUGAGUUGGCGAGGAGUUCUUGGCUGAGUGUCAGAUGGAAAUAAGAUCCACCAUCCCUCCAUUCGUGUUCUUACAUUCUCUUUCAGUGGUAAUUCUGAGCUUCUGAAAGGCAGUGAAGAAGGCAUGAAAUCACGUCCAAGAACAGUCCAGGGAACAAGAUGCACCUGAGGACCAGUUGACAUUCAGCGAUGUGGCCAUUGAUUUCUCUGAAGAUGAGUGGGAAUGCCUGGACCCUCCUCAGCAGGAUCUGUAUAGGGAUGUGAUGUUAGAGAACUACAGAAACCUGGUCUCUGUGGCUCUUUCUCGUCAUUUUACCCAGAACUUUUCACCAGAACAGAUCCUAAAAUAUUCCCUCAAAAAAGUGACUAAGAGAAGACGUGGAAGUUAUGGCCUCAAGAGUUUGAGAAGUCAGGCAAAUGCAGAUGAGAAUAAAGGUCAAACAGCCUGCCAUGGUGAAUAUAACCCAUUCGUGAUCACAGGCAAUAACAAAGAUGUCAUUGACAACAGAGAUAAAGAACAGAAAAUGGCUGUGAAAAAAACCCAUGCUAGGACAGGUACUUUUGAUGAGCCAUGUCUCUAUAAACAAAAAUAUCCAAGGGAAAUUUUUCAAUAUAACUUACGUUUGAAAAGAUGUUUUGAAGAUCUGAAAGUGGGAAAAAUCUUUCAAUCAAGCAUUUCCAUAGACAAAGAAUUGAGAGACAGAGAACUGAUAUCUAAAGUUGAUCAAGUAGAGGUUUCCUAUCCUGAAAGAUCCUUACUCUUCAGCCAGCAAGUUGAUCUUUCCUAUGGCCAGAUGCACAAUUCUGAUGGUUGUGGACUACUUGCUACAGACCUAUUACUGCAUAGCCAGAAUCCAGAUACAGAUAUUUGGAAAGCCACACACAUGUGUAAAGAAACCAGCAAAGCUUGCAGUAAUGGCUCUACACUAAAUGAUUGCAAGGAUAUUGUAGAGAAAUCUGGUCAGUGUGACAAAGUACACAAUAACAUUGACCCUGGCUCAAGUCCCACCAACCAGAACUGUACUCUGUUUACAAAGAACCUUUUCAAUUGUGAAAAUUUCUUUACCCAGUGCUCAAAGCUUGCCAUUCAGCAGUGUAACUAUAUUCAAGAUAAUCAUCACAAGCAUACAGAUUGUGAGACAAUGUUUAAUCAAACUUCAAACCUCAAACCUCAAAAACAUAAAAAUCGGUAUGCCCAGAAGUCCUACAGAUGUAAUGAAUGUGGCAAAGCCUUUAAGUAUUGCUCAAGUUACAGUAAACACAGCAUAAUUCACACAGGAGAAAAACCGUACAAAUGUAAACUGUGUGGAAAAUCCUUUACCCAGUGUGCAAGCCUUAAAAAACAUCAAAGAAUCCACACUGGAGAGAAGCCCUACAAAUGUGAGGAAUGUGGCAGAAGCUUUAACCACUGCUCAAUUCUUAGUCAGCACCAGAGAAUCCAUACAGGAGAGAAACCCUACAAAUGUAAGCAAUGUGGGAAAUCCUUUACCCAGUGUGCGAGCCUUAGAAAACACCAGGUAAUCCACACUGGAGAGAAGCCCUACAGAUGUGCAGAAUGUGGCAAAGCUUUCACCCAAAGCUCAACACUUAGCGAGCACCAGAGAAUUCAUACUGGAGAGAAACCUUACAAGUGUGAACAAUGUGGAAAGUCCUUUACCCAGUGUUCAAGCCUCAGAAAACACCAGAGAAUCCACACUGGAGAGAAACCCUACAAGUGUGAAGAAUGUGGCAAAGCCUUUAACUGCCGUUCAUCUUUUACUAAACACAAGAGAAUUCACACAGGAGAGAAACCGUACAAAUGUAAGGAAUGUGGCAAAGCUUUCAUCCAUUGCACAAACCUUACUCAACACCAGAGAAUCCAUACGGGAGAGAAACCAUACAAAUGCAAUGAGUGUGGAAAAUGCUUUAGUCAGUGUUCAAACCUUAGAAAACAUCAAAGAAUUCAUACAUGAGUGAAACAGCAAAUGUAAAAAUGUGGUAAUUCUUUAUCUAUAGUCCAGGGCUUGUUUUAUGUCAUAUAAUAAAACUGGGUGAGUCCUGCGGAAGCAGUGAGUAUAACAAAGUCUCCAACUUGUCUGCCACUCACAAGUUCUUGGUAUCAGAGAAUUCAUUCUUCUGCAGAGAGACCCUACAAAUACAAGCAAUAUCAAGACCUCAGAUGUUUAUAAUCCUGUACUAGGCACCACCAUCACUUUAGAAAGAAACACAAAUGAUAUUUUUUAAUGAGGGGAAAAUCUAAAUUGUUACUCAUCUCUUACUGAACAUUGAAUUCACACCUGAGACAAAAACUGGGAAAUAUUCAGAACCUGGCAAAGCCUUUUUAAUCUUUCAACCCUCACUAAACACAACAACUCACACCUGAGACAAACCCUACAAGUGCAGAAAAAGUGCCAAAGAUUUUUACUAUUUUCCACAUCAUAAACCAGUUUAUAUUAGGAUGAAACACUAUAAACAUACCAAAUGUGUCAAAGCCUUUAAAUCAACAUACAAAGCAUUUUAACAUCAGAGAACACAUUAAAAAUUUCAACUUUGUCCCAAAUGCACAACUCAAAGAACAGUAAAAUACUUAAUGUUCUGUGCAUAUGUAAAAAGUAUAGCAAAACCUUUUUAUAUAUGGGCUCAUACUAUAAUUGAAAUUAGAGUUCUACACAUGUAAAUAAUGUAAAACCCUUUGUUGUUACUUCCAAGCUGCUAGAUACUAUUAAUUGAUCUGAUAGAAGAAACCUCAUGGCUCUCAAAGAACUACCAACAACUCACUUCUCAAAAGAUAUGGCUGUAUUACAUAUUAAAAGUUUCUAAAUAUGCUCGCUCAUGGAAACUGGAAGCUCAUUCUCAUGUACAUGUCAGAAGAACAAGACCCAUUUCUGAGUGUUUGUAUUUUUCAAAAACUAAACAACAUAUUUUUCUUGUUCCAGAAAAAGUUCUAGGUAACAAACAUUACUAAUAUAUUCAUGGGUAAACAACCUCUAUUGUUCAUUUCCCCCAUGAUCUUUAGGUGAAAAUGGGGCAGACCGGAAAGUUUCAGAGUAUUGUGGACUGAACCUUUUGUCUGUCUAGGGUAGGAGGGAGAAAAAUAUUCUUGAGGUUCUCAUACAGUACCAGCCUCCAACUCACCAGCUCCAAUAUAGGCAUCUUGUUGCUGAACAUCCAGUCCUUGUUAGACACACACGUCAAAAUGAGAUCAAAUCUGAGGUCUUGGUGUCUCUUGGACACAUCAAAAGGUGGUACCAACAUGGCAGAUCAAUACAAAAUAGUUCCUGCUGCUGCCAAUGAAGUCGGUCAUUCUAGUGGGAUACAUUUCCUUCUCUCUCUCUCUCUCUCUCUCUCUCUCUCUCUCUCUCUCUCUCUCUCUCUCUCUCUCUCCCUCCCCUACCCCCCCAAAUGUUGGGGCACCUUCUUCAUGCUCCUAUGGCUGUGCCUUCCCUUAAGUUGUUUCUAUUGGGGAAUUUUAUCACAGCAAUACAACAGAAACUAAUACAGGGUCAAGCAUCCAAAACAACAGAGUUCAAAGACAUUUGGCUUUUUAGUAAAAGAUAAUGAUAAUCUUUCACUAUUCAUAAUUAUGAAUAACAAUCAUAAUAAAUGAAGCGUAGGUGGACUCAACCCUUUAAAGUUGCAAAGCUUGAGAAACUUCCUUGCAUAGGGUUUCAGGACUGUGUCUGCUGCCUGUGGUUCCCAUUAAAUAGAAUUUAAGUAAGCCUAAUAAAUGAAUCCACUAGCAUCAGUUCUAAUAAGUAUGUGUGUUUGGUAGGUGUUUUCUGUUACAUUUUCUAGCAUCAGUAAGAAUGAAAACAAUGUAGAAACCUAUUAGAAGGCAUGGGGUAGAGGUGUGAAAAUGUGAGGUCUGUUUCCUGCAGCUGGGAAGAUUGAAUUUUUUUAUUUUGUGUAUGAGUGCUGGCUACAUGUAUGUAUGUCCAUCACUUGUGUGUCUAGUACCCUUAGAAGUUGGCAGGGAGUAUUGCAUCCCUUGGAGCUGGGGUCACAGACGGUUUUGCACCACCAUGUGGGUGCUGGGAAUUGAACCCAUGACCUCUGAAAGAGCAACGAAUGCUCUUAAGAACUGGUCUAGCUCCCUAGCUCCUAUGUAUCUUUUAAUAAAAUAUUGCCUAUAUAUUUGUUCCUGAUGACAUUAUUGGGGCCAUGGUUUACUGUCAUAGAGGUUUUUUUGUUCCCAUCUUGAUAUUCAACACAUUAAAUUUUUUUGAGAAAGCAAACAAGAAAUAGUUAAAUGUGAA